UCUUUUCAAAACUUGCAAGCAUGAGUUGGAAGAGAAUUGUCUGAGUCCUUGCCUCCUCCCGCCAUUGCCCUCUGUCUCUGGGUCUCUCUCUCUCUCUCGCUGUCUCGCUCUCUCUCUCUUAGGUCAGUCUUAUGUUCUUCAUCACAAACACUCUGCAGGAUACUGGAGAGGGCAUCUUAUGGACUGACUUACAGGGAGUAAGAGAGGCAAAAAGAGCGUGUGUGUGCUUUCAAGAGAAGUCAGGGAGAGGGGGAAAUAGUAGAGCUAAAUGGGGGAGUAGAGAGGAAGAGUCUGAAUUGGAGAGGGAGAAAAACGAGAGAGAAGCAGAGAGAGUGAGGGAGAGGAGAGAGAGAAGAGAGAGUUGAAACUGUGCUGUACAGCAUUUCUUUCUCGACCUAUCAUCCUGACAGGCGGAGGGAGAGAAAGAGCAGCACUUUUCUACCAUGAUGGCUCUCACUCUGUGAGUAGACAGUGGAGGUAAAGCACAGGAGACAGGAGCAAAGAGAAGUCUUAAAGGGAUAUUCUGCUGAAGCGCAGUCUUUCCUACAGGAGUAUUCUUUCACCACAACCUAAACCUGGGGACCAUACAACAACAGGUUGAGAAUGAGGUCCAAAAGCAACAGGGUAGAAAGCUCAUCCAAUGGGGUUAUUGGGGAUCCCCAGACAACACAUGACAUCAACCAGGAAAAGGAAGUGAGUCUACCUAUAAAGAGCCUGAAAGUUAAAGUUCAACCAAUAAAUGACGAGGAGGAAGAAAAUGUUAACUCUGAGAAAGAUAGUUCACUUGAGGAAUGCUCAGAGAGCAAAGACCAGGAAAGUCCAGGAAUCAUGGAUCUGUCCAAGGAGGACCUUCUCAAACUUCUGGGGAUAAUGGAAGGUGAGGUUCAGGCGAGAGAGGAUGUCAUCAAGGUACUGAAGUCUGGGCUGGUACGUCCAGAGGUUCUGGAGGGGCACUACGGUACUGUGGGCCCCAGCUCUGCCCUGCAGGCCCUACAAAGGGACGGCCUCCUCACCAGCACAUCCCCACACAACCACAGCAAUGUCUUGCAAAGGCCGAUGACUGAGCUGGACCGUCUGCAAAAGAAACAUAAGGACACAUACCGACGCAUGCUGGAGCAGCUGCUGUUGGCUGAGAAGUGCCACCGGCGCACUGUGCAGGAGCUGGACAGUGAGAAACGCAAACAUGCCGACUACAUGAACAAGAGUGAUGACUUUACCAACCUGCUGGAGCAAGAGAGAGAACGAUUAAAGAGGUUACUGGAGAACGAGAGAGCCUACCAGGUCCGGAAAGAGACGGAACACACCACACGCCUGGGAAAAGUGCGGGAAGAGCUGGUCAAGCUCAAGUCCUUUGCCCUGAUGCUGGUGGACGAGCGUCAACUUCACCUGGAGCAGAUGGACCAUCAAAACCAGCGUGUCCAGGAGCUCAGCCAGCAGCUGCAGGAGCGUGAGCAGGCACUAAGCAACGCCAGUGGACAAGCUGUGGAAGAGAGCCAGAGGGCAGAAAGGCUGGAGGUUCAGCUCAGAGAGAAGUCGGUCGAACUCGCCCAGCAGCACGAAGAGAUGGCCGCCAAGCUGGCCGGCCAGGAGUCACAGAACCGACAGCUCAAUGCCAAACUUUUGGGUCUCGCCCAAAAAGUGGAGGAGUUGGAGGAGAACAACAAUGCUUUGCAGAAGUCUGAGGUGGAGCUACAAAAACUGAGGGACAAAAUCAGUAACGGAGAUUGUGGCAACUCUAACUUUAUUACAGAGUUGGAGAACCUUAGGAAGCGGGUGCUAGAGAUGGAGGGCAAGGAUGAGGAGAUCACCAAAACCGAGACCCAGUGUAAAGAACUGAGAAAAAGACUUAAGGAGGAGGAAAGUAGUAGUAGGGAGCUCAAGAUUGAGGUAGGGAAGCUGCAGAAAAGAAUGAUGGAGCUGGAGAGGCUAGAGAGUGUGUUCAAUAUUGGCAAGGCAGAGUGCACACAGUUACACGCCGCUCUGGAGAAAGAGAAAGAGCUGUCCAAAGAGCUGUCAGAUGAACUGGUAGCCCUAAAGAUACGCAUGAAAGAGCUUGAGUCCUCUGAGCUACGAUUAGAGAAAUCUGAGCUGGGCCUUAAAGAUGACCUGAGUAAGCUUAAAUCCUUGACUGUAGUCAUGGUAGAUGAGAGAAAGAGCCUGAUGGAGAGAAUUAAAUUAGAUGAGAAGAAAAGAGAAGAUCUCAGUAAAAUGAUCAAAGCUGAGCAGGGCAAGGUGAUGGAUGUAACUGAGAGACUGAUAGAGGAGAGUAAAAGGCUCCGGAAAUUGAAAUCAGAGAUGGAAGUCAAGGUGGGGACACUUACCAGAGAGAAUGGUGAUCUGAGAACCAAGCUGGGCUAUGAAAUGGAAAAAAAUAAGGAAGUGAGCUUCAAGAUGAGUCAAAUGAACAAGAGGACAGAUGGGCUGGAGGAAGCAGAGGACACAUCAAGAAAUGUUAUGAAGGAACAGGGAACAGUGUCCGACUCAGGUGGGAAAGAGGAUAAUAGGGUCAAAGAGCUAACAUUUGAAAUUGAAAGGUUAAAAAACCGACUGAAACAGCUUGAGGUGGUGGAGGGAGAUUUGAUCAAGACUGAGGAUCAGUAUGACUUGUUGGAAAAGAAAUUCAUGACAGAGCAAGACAAAGCCAACAUUCUCUCCCAGCAGGUUGAGGAGAUGAGAAAUCAGAUUGCUUGGAAUAAGGCGAUAGAGAAAGGAGAAGCAGAGAGUCUGAAAGGAGAUCUUCAGCAACACUGCGAGAUGGAGGAGGCAAAAACCAGAGACCUUCAGGCCGACGUUAUAGCCCUUAAGGAGAAGAUUCAUGAGCUGAUGAACAAAGAGGACCAGCUUUCUCAGCUCCAAGUAGACUACACAGUUCUUCAACAGAGGUUUUUAGAGGAAGAAGAGAAGAAGAAGAACAUGAGCAUAGAUGUCCUCAACCUUACAAAAGAACUAGAGGUAACCAAGCGCCACAGUCGCUCCCUGCGACCCAGUCUAAAUGGCAGGAGAAUGGUAGACGUUCCCAUGACCUCUACUGGAGUGCAGACUGAACUACUGUCCAAUGAAACAGCAGAGGAGGACACUCCAGCUGUGUUCAUCAGGAAGUCAGUCCAGGAGGAGAAUCAUAUCAUGAGCAACCUUCGGCAGAAAGGCUUUAAGAAGCAUACAGAGAAGGCUGGCGGUCAUGAACGUUACCCACCUCCUGCCACUGACCUUAGCGUGAAGAAAUCCUGGAUUCCCUGGAUGCGGAAGAAGGAAAACAGUCCUCAAGGGACGAAUCUGGACAAGUCUUUGCAAGUAAACGGAGAGUCCCUACAUUCUGAGCUGACAAUGUCCCAGAAGCAAGGGCAGCCCUUACACAUUCGAGUGACCCCUGACCAUCAGCACAGCACAGCCACUCUGGAGAUCAGCAGCACUACCUCCGAGGAGUUUUACUCUGGCUCCAGCCUCAGUCCGACCACCAUGGGCCACCCCAAGUCGCGCAUCACCAUCAUUCCCACCCACACUGUCACCAACACGAAGGGAAGAACUAUCACUGGGCCAAGAGGUCCUGAUAGGGCCAAGUCUCCAGUCACCAUCACCACCAUCUCUAAGGCCAAGUCCCCAGAGAGCAGCAAGACCUCCUCCACUUCUUCUGGAAGGCCAACGUCUCCCAUCUCCAUAAUGACUGUCAGCACCUCUGUAGUGUCUGCCACGUCAACCUCACCAGAGCCCCAUGAGAUGACGAUGGGCCGUGCCAUGUUCAAAGUCACACCUGAAAAACAGAUGGUCCCCACUCCUAUCAGAAAAUACAAUUCUAACGCCAACAUCAUCACCACCACAGAAGACAAUAAGAUCCACAUUCACCUGGGCUCUCACUUCAAGGGAUCCUCGGAGACAAGCAGUACCAUGAUGGCCUCCAAGAUGGUGGUCAGGCCUGUCAGCACAGCAAUGGAGAGCAAGGAGAUGACCUUAUCAACAGGAACUGUACUGCGUUCUCCUCGUCAAAGUGCCACAGCUGCUGUCAAAAAUGUGCCAAGUAAAGUGAUGAGCAGCAUCACAAUCACUCCUGUCACAACCACAGUGGCGAAAACUUCACAAGCUGUGCCAGGACAUGAGGCUCAUCCUACAAGGGCAGGGCUCACCCGAAUUCCCAUGUCCAGGAGCCUGAAGACAGGCAAGGCCAUGCUUGGAGCCAUGGGCAUACCUAGUGGGGUACGGAUGGAAUCGCGAGCAGAUAGUCCAUCCAUGAGAAUAGAGCUCAAGAAAUCCACAGUCAGCAGCACUGCCUUCCAAAAUGGAGGAAAGGGUUGAAGGACCAAGAAUAAUUAUUGGGAGGACACACAGCACAACAACCAUGGUGUUGUGUGGGUAUGAGGUGCUCACAUGGAGGACCAAUGAAGUACCCUGAGAGACAGUGGUAGAUUAAAAGGAAUGGACAGUCAUUUGGCCCUACUUCUUGUCUGUAUCAUGUCAUCUUGUUAAUGUACUUGAAAUCAAGAAUAUAAUAUAUAUAUUUUAUAUGAGUGCUCCGCCUCUGUUCUCAAUCUUUCUCAGUGUUCAUAUUUAGUGUGGAUUGAAUAAAUGUAACUAGUGUUAGAUAUUCAAAGGGGUGUGUAUGUGCAAGGGGAACAGAGUCAAAUGUAGGCUAUUCAUGUCAGGCUAUGCUGCUACUGCUUUCUGUAUUAAUCGUGAGAGAAGUCUAAUUUCAUUUUUGUUAGGAAUUGCAACGUAGGUCACAAUAUUGGCUUUAUAGAAAAUAUGACGUGAUUUUGUAAUCAAAUCCUUCUUUAAAUAAAC